GCGCGGCGAGGUGGGGGAGGGCGGCCCGUGUGUGUCUGUGUUGUUGUUCGGCGGCGGCGGCGGCGGCGGUAAGAUGGCUGCCCACGGGGGCUCCGCGGCGUCCUCGGCGCUGAAGGGGUUAAUCCAGCAGUUCACCGCCAUCACCGGUGCAAGCGAAAGCGUAGGGAAACAUAUGCUUGAAGCCUGCAACAAUAAUCUGGAGAUGGCAGUUACUAUGUUUUUGGAUGGUGGAGGAAUUGCUGAAGAGCCCAGUACCAGUUCAGCAAGUGUUUCCACAGUCAGACCACACACAGAAGAAGAAGUUCGUGCCCCAAUUCCUCAAAAACAGGAAAUACUGGUGGAACCAGAACCUUUGUUUGGUGCUCCUAAAAGACGACGGCCUGCGCGUUCGAUAUUUGAUGGUUUCCGUGAUUUUCAAACUGAAACUAUUCGGCAAGAACAGGAAUUAAGGAAUGGAGGAGCAAUAGAUAAGAAACUAACUACCCUUGCAGAUCUAUUCCGGCCACCCAUUGAUUUGAUGCAUAAAGGCAGCUUUGAAACAGCCAAAGAGUGUGGCCAGAUGCAAAAUAAGUGGCUAAUGAUAAACAUUCAAAAUGUACAAGACUUUGCAUGCCAGUGCCUCAACCGUGAUGUGUGGAGCAAUGAAGCUGUGAAGAAUAUUAUCCGGGAACAUUUCAUUUUCUGGCAGGUUUAUCACGACAGUGAGGAAGGUCAGAGAUACAUACAGUUUUAUAAGUUGGGGGAUUUCCCCUAUGUCUCCAUCUUGGAUCCACGGACAGGUCAGAAGCUAGUAGAGUGGCACCAGUUAGAUGUAUCUUCUUUCUUGGAUCAAGUGACAGGAUUUCUGGGUGAACAUGGGCAACUGGAUGGACUUUCUAGCAGUCCCCCCAAAAAAUGUGCCCGUUCAGAGAGCCUUAUAGAUGCAAGUGAAGACAGCCAGCUAGAAGCUGCCAUCAGAGCCUCCUUGCAAGAGACACACUUUGAUUCAACACAGACAAAACAGGAUAGCCGCUCAGAUGAAGAAUCUGAAUCUGAACUUUUUUCUGGCAGUGAGGAGUUCAUAUCCGUUUGUGGCUCUGAUGAAGAAGAGGAGAUAGAAAAUCUUGCCAAGUCCAGAAAAUCUCCCCACAAAGAUCUGGGGCAUAGAAAAGAGGAGAAUAGAAGGCCACUGACUGAGCCCCCAGCCAGAACUGAGCCUGGAACAGCCACAAACCACCAAGGAUUGCCACCUGUGGAUUCAGAAAUAUUAGAGAUGUCACCUGAAAAAUCAGAUGGAAUAGUGGAGGGCAUAGAUGUAAAUGGACCAAAAGCACAACUGAUGUUGCGGUAUCCAGAUGGGAAAAGGGAACAGAUCACUCUUCCAGAGCAAGCUAAACUGCUGGCUUUGGUGAAGCACGUCCAGUCUAAAGGAUAUCCAAAUGAACGUUUUGAACUUCUCACCAACUUCCCUCGAAGGAAACUCUCUCAUCUGGACUAUGACAUUACAUUACAGGAGGCAGGCCUUUGUCCUCAAGAGACUGUCUUUGUACAGGAAAGAAAUUAACAUCAUGGCCUGACCUCUCUCAGCUUACCCCUUUUUCCCCUUUUCCUGUGAGAUACCAUGUCACUAAGUAUGCAUUUUGGCUCAUAGGACCAUAGAGCCAAAGUUGGGCAAGCAAGUCACCUGCCUUCUCUUUUAUUUCUUGCUUUCUUCUAUAUUCAGUCUGUUUACCCCCUCCCUCCACCUUUUCACUCCUCUUCUAUUUUCUUCUUUUUCCUACUAUUCUUUCUUUCUUACCUAAUCUGGUGACCAAAUGGAAGUAUAAGGAUUAGACCUCCUAGUACUGGCAGCAGGAAAUGUGUGUUCCAAUAAGUGGUCUCUUGCACGGCACUUUUUUGGGAUCAAAUGAUAAUGUUACUCCUCAGACUCCUUGGGUAAAGGAAUGGCUACAUUCAGAAUAAGAACAACCUUCCAUUUUUGUAAGCCCCAUUUUUGGUAGGGAAAUGAAACUCUAUAUAACAUGUUUUGUUUGUUGUUCAUGUAAGAAAUAUCAUGUGACAAAAUAUCCAGGCUUUUGUUUUCAUGGAAAAAGCAUCCCUUAUAAUUAUUGCUCAUCAUAUUUAAAAUUUUUUCAAUGGAUUCCCAUGUUCCCAGCUAGAAUUAUUUCCAUGGUGUGUGUUAUUGGCAGAACGAGUGUUAAAUGUAGUAGGGUGAGUAGCAUGGGUGGCUUUCAAUAUCCUAGCCUGAAACAGCUUUCUUCAUUAUUACUUUAUAAACUGUAUUGAUCCUGCUAGUCCUGAAAUGGACAUUUGGUGAGGCUAUUAUGGUGAGUAAGAUAGGAAGGUGCUUGCUGUUUUUGCCAGUACAGCAUAUUAGUUCCUUUGGCCCUUCCAUUGUAUGGGUCUGCACGUGAUCUAUGGGAAGGCAGCUGUUCAAUAAUCAUGCAGUACAACGGCUUGUAGUUGUAACCACUGUGGUUAUUGAUUGUCCUAUGUGCUUUAAGGCAUACUUAUGUAUGUCCUGGGGGGAAAAAGAAUACGCGGCUGAGAGUUGCUAACCAUGUUCCUACGGUUAGAAUGAUUCAUUUUUUUACCCCUGGUUGGAAUAGUUUCUAAAAGGCUCUGGUGACUGAAUGAGUUUAUUAAUUCCUCUACUGUUUUCUUGCAAAAGGUGUCAAAACUGAAAGCCUCUGUAAGGGGAAGACCUUUAAAUUCAGUUUAUAAGGGGAAGACCUUUAAAUUCAAUUUAUAAGACAUUUAGUAAGGGAGGUGGAGAAGAUUAUUGGCAAUCUUCAGAUGUUGUGGGGUUUUUCUGUCAACAAAAGCCACAUUCAAAAUAUAGUUGGUGAAAGCUUUUUUUCAGUAUUAUUUAGAAGAGACCAUCGUGAAUCUAUGUAAUACUGUUUGACUUAUCACCUUCACUGUAUGCUCAAUUCUUAUUUUGAGCUUUAAAUAGAGUCCUCUGAAGGGGUAGUAACUAUUCUGGUGGCAAAAUCAGGACUUUAACCUUGUUAUAUAGAAUGGGCCUAUUUUGUCAAUUGGGAAUUUGGAUCAAUUGAUUCUUCUGCUUGAGGAACAUAAAUUGCGAUUGCUCAGAGACCUUAGGUUCCCAUGUACUUUAAGAUUGCUUUCUUGGCAACGGGGGGAUUAAAAAAAAAGAUGCUUACGUGUUGCUAGUACACAAUUAGAGAAUAUGGUUUCUAAUGGUUGGAUUUAGAGGGACCCUUCCUAAAGAAUGAGUUGUGUAUCUCCUCAAGGAAAUCAUGGAAAAUUCUGUUUAUUCUUCAGUGAGUCCUUUUGAAUUAAUGUUCUUACAUUUUUUUCUAAGUCUGUGUAAGUGCUUAUGUAUAAGUAUAUAAUUGUAUAAAUAUUUAUAAAUAUAUUUAUAUAAUUACAAUUUCAUUUAUACCUUGAGUCAAAGUUCUCUCUUUAGAUUGGUGACUGAGUGAUACCAUUUUGGUGUUUUUUCAUAGGCUCUCGAGGCUAACUAGCAGCUUCUGAUUUAUUGAGGAAACAUGGUUUUCAUGUUAAUUCCUCAGUUGUAUCUCUGAACUUGGAUAAUACAUUUGCUAUCUGAGGAAUAAAGCUAUAUACUAGCAAAGAUGCAGUAGAGGUUUAAAAACUGUUGGUAGUAGACAAGGUCAGAAAUCUUAAAAUUCAGGAAGGCACAGGGUAAGAACUGAGGGUAUGCCCAGCUUUGGUGCUAUGAUGGCACCCAUCUCCACUCUCAGCAGAGUCACAGCUAAAGCCCAAAUCUGUCAGAAAUGUGAAGUCAAGAAUUUUCCCUGUGGGACUCUUUCAUUCUUUUACCUACUAAGUUCUCUUUAUAAAACAUAUCCCAAGAACCUGAGGCAUGUUCAUUAAUGAUAGGAUGUAGUUCUACUUUUUUGAUGAGGUCAGCCGUGGCAUAUCCAUUUAUGAGAAACCAAAGUGACUUUUUCAACUUGGAUUACAGUGAGAUGCCCGAGUAUAUAUAAAAUGAUUUAAGUAAGCAUAUCAGAGACACAGAUCAUGAGAUAUUGAUCCAACUUAGAUACAACUGGUGUUUAGAGUACAAGAUGUAGGGGAUUUUAUUUUAUUUUGAGGCAGAAAUGUAAUUAUCCUGGGCUUGAUGCAGAGGCCUAUGGGGGAAGGGUUAUAGAUUCUAUGGGAAGAGUAAGGACUAUUGCUUCGCUCAUUAACAAAUUCAGUAAGUAGUAAGCUUCCUCCAGUUUGUCUUAUUUCCUCUGUAAAUUCCUUUGCUCUGUGGAGGAGAGAUUUUAUUGAAUAGAUAAAAUGAGACUAGUAAGAUUAGUUAAAAAUAGUCAUUCUUUGUAGGUAUUGGAAACAGCUUGAAAGAAAACGUGGAGAGGAAAAGAAUGAGAUAGACUUUAAGAGUGACAAAUACAGGGAGAUGGAAUGAAAACUAGUGGGGAAAAAGACAGGAAACAUCUUUUGAAUUUGAUUUAGAAAGCAAUCAGAGAAGAGGACAGCCAAACGUGGGAAGAAUGGGGAACUAAUUUUGAGUAACUAGCAUGUGUUAGGUAUUUUCUGUGUGUUUUUUCCCUUAAUCUUCCUAAGAACUCUGCAAAGUACAUAUUCUCACCAUUUUAUAGAUAGGAUGAAAUUGAAGUUUGGAGAACUUUCUCAGGAUGUCACAGCUAGUAAUUGGCAAAAUGAAAAUUGACAUCCAGAGUCCAUUCUUUCUUCACUCUCUUGCUGUUGUCCCCUACAACAGAGGAAUCAGUUUACGUAAAAGGCUAUCUUCUUGUUGUUUGAAUCUGUAAAUUAACAUUUGGUUUUGUUUCCUUAAAGCUUGUGGGAUUUGCACUAUGCCUAUAAAUUCUUAUUUACACCACUGUUUUGAGGGACUGAUUAUUGCUUUUUUAAAAAAAAAUGAUGCACUGAUGAAAACGUGAAAGGAAAAUAUGUGGCAUUAUUUGCCAAGAAUAAAUGGAGAGGAUAAAAAAAAUAAUUUUAUCUUUUUUUUAACCUUUUUGGAGAAAAGAUAUAAUUUUCUUUGUCCCAUCCAUACCAGAUUAUUGAACUCUCUAUGUGUAUGUUUUUAAAUCUGUAACAUUCUACUUCCUUGACUUUAGAAGUCAAUAAGUAUUUAUUGAGUCCUAGUUCCACCUUUUGUAACUACUAGACUCAGGACAUGACUUUUAUCAGUAAGGUACACCCAACACCCAAACAGAAAAGGAUUAUUGAUCCUACAAUUAAAGAUUUUAGCUAGCGAGGAUCUCAGUUGGACACUUAUGGAAAUACCUGAGGGAGCCACUGGCAACUGAAAGUGAAGGAAUGAUUUAAUUUCUCUACCCCCCUACAAAUUGAAUGUAUGUAUAAAGAAGCACUAUAUGUGGGCAUAAGUGCACUUGGGUGACAGUCCUGCUACUAAUAGAGAAUUGGACUAGAUCAAUAGUUCUCUGUCUUCUCAAGUAAAAGGACUAUUAAAAUCUGGCAGGAGUGGGGAAUUGUGGGGUUAAGUAUUAAUAACUAAGUCCAUAGAUAAAGAAAAUGUAAAUGUGCAUAUGGAAUUGCAGACCCUUUGCAAAAACUCUAGGAACCCACAGAUUGUAAACCACCGAUUAGAGUAUCUUUGAAGUCCUUUCCACUCUAAAAUUUUAUGCUUCUAGUUUCUCUUCUCUUUAUUAUCCCUGGGCUAAUUAAAAGUUUACUUGUUAAUCAAUUCCUCUGCUUUUUUUCUGUGUCCAGGUUUCAUUUGCCCAAUAACUUUAUGUAACCUCACUGUGAUGACUGAAAUCUCCAAAAAAGAAGAGUAUCAUAGUUCUAAAUCUAGUAAUCUAUCUAUCUAUCUUUCUUUUUUUUUUUUUUUUGUUUUUUUUUUGUUUUAAGGUUUUAUUUAUUUAUUCAUCAGGGACAGAGAGAGAGAGAGAGAGAGAGAGAGGCAGAGACACAGCCAGAGGGAGAAGCAGGCUCCAUGCAGAGAGCCUGAUGUGGGAUUCGAUCCCAGGACUCCAGGAUCACACCCUGGGCUGAAGGCGGCGCUAAAUCGCUGAGCCACCCGGACUGCCCUAGUAAUGAUCUUUUAAACACAAUUCAUUAAUUUAAAAAACUUCAUGCUGUGUUUCUAAUCGGUAUUAAGUAUGACUAAAAUGUAAUUAAUGAGCUAAAUAUUUCACUGACAACAGAGUUAAAUUUUAUUUUACCUGUGUGCUUAACAAAGCACUGUACUUGCUGAGCAAUUGUUGAUUUGUAUAAGUUGCAGAAUUUAUACUUGGUUUUGGCAGAAACAACUUUUUCAAGAUUUGGUGAGGUUGACUUUUAAAAAUACUUCCUAUCUCACAGAAUGUAUCUCCAUUAUGCCAUUCAUAUUGUCUUUCUUUGGCUCUCUUUCACUUAGCUACUCAAUAGUAAAUCAUAGGAUGCAGGUUGAUGAAUAAGUGAUGACUUGUGUAAAACUAAAUGAGAGUCGGGAGAACCAACCCUGCUGAUGAAUGUGGCAGUUUUCCAAUAUUACAAGCCUUGAUGAAAAGCCUACUUAAAGACAGCUGUGUCCUAUGAAUAUUCAACUUCAUUGAUUUGCCUUGCGUAGCAUAUCAACUUGCCUUGAAACUUAGUAUUGCAUUGUACACGGUUUAGUGGCAAAAAUGUUCUUCUGUGCAGAGAAUAACCAACCGAAUACCAAGGCACUAUCUUGAUUUCUCCUGUUUUAUAGAAAUUUAGUAUUUCGGUGACAGUGAUUUUGGUCUUUGACUCACCUAUGUGUCAACACUGCUGGAUGGCUUAGAAUCAGGAAUAUUUUUUUUAUAGAGAUUAUGAUGACCUUGAUUGUUUUCCCAUGAAGUGAACUUGUAAUUAAAUUAUUGGAUGUGAUGAUGAGACCGUUAAUGAGAAAAUCUUUUCAUCUUACUUUCUCUUUUACUUUGCCAUUUUCUAUUCUCGUCUUUUUAGACAUUCUUUCACUGAAAACUAGGUAUGAUUUUUAAUGAAAUUAGCUGUGUUUUUAAAAUUCCAUUUCUAUGUUUGAGUAUGUAACAUUUUAAAUUAUUUUCAUAAUUUAAUGCAUAAGGGAACAAUUUGAAGCAAAUGUUUUUAUAGCUCAUUUUCUCUGUCUACCUAAAAAUUCUCUUGUUCCAAAUACAGAAUGGCUAACACCAGGAGACACCUUCCCCUUCUUUGGCCUACGGAAUGCUGUUGUACUGCUUAGAAUCUCAGUCAUUGUCACAAACACGAUAAUUUUUGGUUCAUGCCAUUCUUUGCCAUACGAUCUCCUACUAGAGUUGAGCAAUCCAAUAUGAACUACUUCAAUAAAAUGAGUUAGCAUUUCUGAAAAGUAUUUUCAAGAGAUGGCCAGAUUUACUUGUAGGAUUAGAGAUACAAAUAUCAGUAAUAGUAUUUUGCCCAAGAACAAUCCCACAUUAAUCUCUAAAUAUGGGAAGUUGCUUUGUUGUACUUAAUUCUGUGGCAACAAACUUUUGUUGUUGCUUAUUUCCUGUACAGAAAUCAAAAUGCCCUGAGAUUUUAUAUCCCUUACAGGGUCACUUAAGUUUUCAAAUAGGAAGAAUAGUCCAGCUACACUGGACUGAACAUAAGGAAAUUUUAUAUGUAUCAAAACGAGUUAUUUAUCUAACUGGGCUACCAUGAAUCAUUGAUUUAUAAGGUGUAAAUAAAAUGGGAGCAUUUCAAAUCAUUGGAUACAUUCUGACCUGGAAUUAUUCUCCUUUUCUUAAAAUCUUUUUUAUUUGCUUCUUUCAUAGACUCAGUAUGAGCAUCUUAAUUAAGAAGGGAGAGAGUCUUGAUCUGGAGCUAUUCCCUGCCCUUCUGUUUUUUUUUUUUUUUCUUUUCUUCUUUUGUCAAGCUUGCUGGCUCUAGAAGAGUACAUGUUAUUUCAAAUUAAUGACAUUGGAAUGCUGAUGCUCAGUUGAGUAUCUUAAUGUUUUCAACAAAAUGGUUUGAUAGUAUGUUUUUCUCAGAUUUCUGUGUUCUUAAUAAUGGAAAGAUAUCAAUUAAUUAAAUGGUGUGAUUCGAAAUAUAAA